UGGAAUGAGGCCAGGUUUGCAUAUAAAAACAGUGUCACCAGUUAGACAUUUACUGUUCAUUUCUUUUUUUACUCUGAUCACAAACAGAUUUCGGACAAAUUGAGGUCAGGUAUUUUUGAUGAACGAUUGCAAUAAUUUCUGAAUAAUUGAUUAGAGCCACCCAACAUCAGUUAUGUUUCGUGGAACACUCAGUUUCUUCAUUACCUACCUGCUAUUUUCAAGCACACUUGCAGCCACAGAUCUUCCUUCAGAUGAAGAUGACAGCUGCGGAUUAAUGGAAGCGCUCCCUUACAUUGCUAUUGGUGGAGGAGCAAUUGCACUAGGAGGUCCUGCAGCUCUUGGAGCUCUUGGGUUUACCACAAAGGGGAUAGCAGCAAAAUCUAUUGCGGCUUUAAUGAUGAAAGUCGCUGCGUCUCUGAAUGGUGGAGGGGUGGUGGCAGGAGGUUUGGUGGCAACUCUUCAAAGUCUUGGGGCAAAAGCUGGAGCAGCUUCCUUGGGUUGGCUUGGAGCUCAGGGUGGAUAUUAUUACCAUAAACACUUUGUGUGUGGAAAAAAUAAAAAGUCAACUUCAACAGAUUCACAUUAAAGAGCACUCAAAGUGGCAUAAAACACAGGAGCAGAAAUAAGGCCAUCGAGUCUGAUCCAUCAUUCAAUCAUGGCUGAUAAGUUUCUCAACCCCAUUCUCCCGCCUUCUCCUCGUAUCCUUUGAUCCCUUACCAAUCAAGAACCUAUCUUCCUCGGUCUUAAAUACACUCAAUGGCCUGGCCUCUACAGCCUUCUGAGGCAAUGAAUUCCAUAGAUUCACCACUCUCUGGCUAAAGAAGUUUCUCCUCAUCACUGUUCUAAAAGGUCUUCCUUUUACUCUGAGGCUGUGCCCACGGGUCCUAGUCUCUCCUACUAACAGAAACACCUUCCCCACGUCCACUCUAUCCAGGCCUUUCAGUAUUCUGUAAGUUUCAGCCAGAUCCCCCCUCAUCCUUCUAAACUCCAUCGCGUAUAGACCCAGAGUCCUCAAACGUUCCUCAUAUGUUAAGCCUUUCAUCUCUGGGAUCAUUCUCGUGAAGCUCCUCUGGAUCCUCUCCAGGGCCAGCACAUCCAUCCUGAGAUAUGGGGCCCAUUGCAUUAGAUGUGCAUGAUUUUAUUAUAAAUAAAAUAAAAUAAACUGUAGAUUUCAAACGGUUUAUAAAGCAAAGAAAGUAAGGGUAUAAUUAAUUGUGUGUAUAUGGCCUUCUUCUGAUCAAUGGUUCUCUGGUUUUAUUCUACAUCAUAUUCACUCACCAAGAGAUUACAUUGAAAUGUUAGCAGCCAUUUCCUGGUGCGUAAUUUUUUGCUUUUGUUAACUAUUGUAGGAUUACAUUGCUGGUGAGCUGUUUUCCUUUUUUGCUGUUUUAACUUGGUGAGCCGAACAGAGCUAACGUAAUUUAUGUAUAGUGCUGUCUGCAGGCUUCAGCCCAAGAAUAAAUAAUUGAACCUGAGUAAAGAAUAAAAUGAUCAAGUUAAUGAAAA